UACAUUUAAAAAACGGCUACGACAGGCAGCGGACAGGCGACAGUCGGGUGCUGAACGCAGUGCAGAAAUUCGCUGGAUCCCAACAACACGUGUUCUCCAAAAUGGGGAGGAGAGAACUCGGAGCUGAAGCUAACGUUAGCUAGCCAUCUAAACGUUAGCUUAAAGACCCUGUCCGGCCUAGUCAUUGUGCAGCUAUACCUUGGGAACUUAGUAUAAACUCCAGUCAUGGACCUCGGGGAGCCCCGCUUCCCGUUCCCCUACCAACCGUACUCCAUCCAGGAGGAAUUCAUGGAGGCGUUGUACUCCACAAUCGACGAGGGGAAAAUUGGAAUUUUUGAGAGCCCCACCGGGACUGGAAAGUCCCUGAGUCUGAUAUGUGGGUCGCUUGCCUGGCUCCGGGACCACCAGGAGAGGAAGAGGGAGGAAGCGGCCCGGCUGCUGGAGGAAGCCGGGGCGGACAGCCAGCAAGACACCGGCCGGCCUUCCUCCUCCUCCGCCGAGCCCGACUGGAUCACAGAUUUCGUUCAGAAGAAGGCAGAGAGGGACCUGGUCAGCAAGCUGAAGGAAGAGGAGAUGAAGAGGAAGAAGAGGGAGGAGCGCCUGGAGCUGAUCCGACACAACGCCCAGCUCAAAUACGCCCUCAAGCGCAAGACCGGCGCGGACGAGGAGGCGGCGCGGCUGCUCCAGCUCGGCAGAGACGCCCCGCAGGAGGAGGAGGAGGGGCCCGGGCCUGGGGCGGGGCUGGAGGACGGGGAGGAGGAGCUCAUCGUGGCCGAGUACGAGAGCGAUGAUGACGUCAAGCCCAGGAACAGGUUUUGUGAUGAAGAUGAUGAUGAUGAUGAUCUGGAAGAAGACCAUGUGACCAAGAUAUACUACUGUAGCCGCACACACUCACAGCUGGCCCAGUUUGUGCAUGAGGUGCAGAAGAGCCCGUUUGCUGGGGACGUCAGCCUGGUUACUCUGGGGUCUCGGCAGAACCUGUGCAUCAACGAGGAGGUCCUGAGGCUGGGCAGCAUUCAGCUCAUCAACGACCGCUGCCUGGAGAUGCAGAAGAACAAACACGAGAGGAAGGAGAAGGCGGCAGAUGAGGAGCCGAAGAGGCGUCGGGGCGUGGCCAAGGCCGUGUGCCCCUUCUACAAGCAGGGGGCGCUGCAGAGCCUGCGGGACCAGGUGCUGGCCAAGGUGCGGGAUAUCGAGCAGCUGGUGGCCCUGGGGAAGGAGACCAAGGCCUGCCCGUACUACGGGGGAAGACUGGCUAUCCCAGCUGCCCAGCUGGUGGUGCUGCCCUAUCAGACGCUGCUCCACGAGGCCACGCGGCGCGCCUCGGGCAUCAGGCUGAAGGACCAGGUGGUGAUAAUCGACGAGGCGCACAACCUGACCGACACCAUCAGCUGCAUCCACAGCUCCGAGAUCAGCGCCGCCCAGGUGUGCUGCGCUCACUCCCAGCUGUCCCAGUACCAGGAGCGCUACAGGAAUCGCCUGAAAGCCAAGAACCUGAUGUACAUCAAGCAGAUCCUGUUCGUGCUGGACGGGCUGGUCCGUGUGUUGGGAGGGAAGGUGGGACAGAACCCUCACUCUCAGACUUGUCAGGCAGGCACCGAGCUGCUGACCAUCAACGACUUCCUCUUCAGGGCGAUGAUCGAUAACAUUAACCUCUUCAAGGUGCAGAGGUACUUCCAGAAGAGUCUCAUUAGCAGGAAGCUGUGCGGCUUUGUGGAGCGGUACCAGGGGGCGGGGGCGAAGGUCGCCUCGUCCAAUAAGGAGAACCGGAGGACGGAGGGGCUGGCCCACUUCCUGCAGUCCCUGCAGAACGGGCAGAAGGCACAGACAGUACCCACUCCUGACCAGACGGGGGCAGAAGAGGGGAGGCAGACCAGCAUGUCCUCCCCCAUGAUGCAGGUGGAGGGUUUCCUCCUUGCUCUCACCAACGCCAACAAAGAUGGACGGGUCGUGGUCCAGAGGCAAGGGGUUCUGGCUCAGAGCAGUGUGAAGUUCCUGCUGCUGAACCCGGCGGUGCACUUCGCCCCGGUGCUGAAGGACUGCAGGGCCGUCAUCAUCGCCGGGGGAACCAUGCAGCCCGUGUCCGACUUCAAGGACCAGCUGCUGCUGUCGGCCGGCGUGUCUGUGGAUCGCAUCGCUGAGUUCUCCUGCGGUCAUGUGACCCCCCCGGAGAAUAUCUUACCCAUAGUGCUGUGCAGCGGUCCCUCGGGGCAGGAGCUGGAGUUCACCUUCCAGAACCGGGAAACGCCACAGAUGAUGGACGAGGUGGGGCGGAUCCUGUCGAACCUGUGCAACGUGGUGCCGGGCGGGGUGGUGUGCUUCUUCCCUUCGUACGAGUACGAGAGGCGGGUCCUGACGCACUGGGGCACCAGCGGGGCCCUGGAGAGGCUCUCUGCCAAGAAGAAGAUUUUCCAGGAGCCCAAGAAAGCCAGCCAGGUGGAGCAGGUGCUGACGGAGUACUCCAAGUGCAUCCAGCGCUGCGGUCAUACCGGGGGCUCCCUGACGGGGGCGCUGCUGCUCUCUGUCGUCGGGGGCAAGAUGAGCGAGGGCAUCAACUUCUCUGACGAGCUGGGCAGGUGCGUUGUCAUGGUUGGGAUGCCGUACCCCAAUAUCAAGUCCCCAGAGCUGCAGGAGAAGAUGGCCUAUCUGGACAAGAACAUGCCUCACGUCGGGGGCAGGAGCCCUGGGAAGGCGCUGGUUGAAAACCUCUGCAUGAAGGCUGUGAAUCAGUCCAUAGGAAGAGCGAUCCGUCACCGUGGCGACUACGCCUGCAUCCUGCUGCUGGACCGGCGGUACUCACGGCCCGCCACGCUGCACAAGCUGCCCGACUGGAUCAAAGCCAGCACCCGCGUGCAGCCCGCCUUCGGCCCCGCCUUCGGCAGCGUCCGAAAGUUCUUUCUGGAGAAGAGGCAGCAGCAGGGCGGAGCGUAGCGCACUGCAGAGGGGACCCAGUCGGACCCGAGGGGCACGCCACACAUCCGCCCCCACCCGUCAGGCCACACGAGACCCCAACAUUCCUCCUGCAGGAACCAAUCAGCUGUCAGUUCCAGAACCGGACCCAACACCCCGCCUUUUUUGGGUAGUUGAGCAGUCACCAGUCACAGAUAUGCAGUUUGGUUUAUUUGAAGGACAAAGCUGAGCCGUUGAAGGUAUAUGGAGAUGUUUAUUGUCAGUGUUAAGAAGAGAUGAGGAUUAAAGUGGCUGCUCUGGUCUCGGUGGGGAGAACGGGGUGAGUUACGUGUGAUGAACAUGGUGCAAUAUCUGCAUUAUUCAGCCAUGCUUGUCUCAUGAAUGACUGUUUGAUAUUUACAGACUAUAUUAAGGACUGUUUAUUUUGUGUUAAGGGGUAUGAUGUCAGAAGCCAUGAUCAAUGACACAAUACGACCAGCUCUUGCAUGAAUCGUCCAUUUAAGCUUGUUACUGAGCUGCUGACGUUGCUACCUCUGUUACAGGGAUCAGAUUAGGACAUUUUGUUUCUGACGAUGUUCAAGAAGCUCACACUUUAAAGAUGGCGCCUAUUUGUUCCUGACCUGGGCUAUUAAUCCACUGCGAUGUUUUAAACCCAUGGUGCGCCAGGCGUUCAGUGAUUUAUUGUGAGGUGCUCGGGCUACCUCGGUGUUUUGCGUUGUCUAUAUUUGCUGAAU